AUGUCCCCCAGAGAGCUGCCUCCCGAGCUGUGCGACCAUGUUAUUGACUAUCUCUGGGACGACCCCCACGCUCUCAUCGCAUGCAGUCUGACAUGCCGUGGAUGGGUCCCCACGACGCGCCUGCAUCUCUUUGAGGCGGUAAAGCUCAAGGGACCUCACGAUUGCGCGCGCCUCCACCAGGCGCUGAACGCGUCUGGCACCGCGCCCACUGCCAUCGCCGAUUGUAUCCGCGACCUCAGCAUCAUCACGCCGCCCUCUGAGUUCGUCGACGCCGGUGGCGAGCCCGCGGAAGGCGGCAGUCGCUGGCUCUGCUACUGGAUGCCCAAGCUGCUCCCAAAGCUCUGUCAUGUGAACUGCCUUCGCCUCGAGCACGUCGACUGGGAGCUCCUUGCCGCCAAUGAAAGCACGAAGGACUGCAUCCUGUGCUUCUCGCCGAACCUCAAGGAGCUGCACCUCUCCUCACUCAUGUUCGCUACCGCAGACGCGCUCCUGCAGACGAUCACGUCCUUCCCGCAGCUCAUAACCCUUGAGAUGUCGUACCUCGUGUGGUGGGGCGAUCACUCGCCCUCUCCAAGCCACCCACCCCCUCCCGAGCUCGAGCUCGAGCAAGGACAGUGUAAGAUCCGCAUCGAGCAGCUCAGCAUGUCAUAUCUGUACGGCCCUACAGUCGUGCUGGACUGGCUGCUAAGGCCGCCGUUCGACCUGCGGCUACGGCGGUUUGAGUGGGACUCAAGCGGAAAGUACCCCCAGCGUCCAAUCCUCAUGGAAUUGCUCCGAAAGGCUGAAGAAUCACUCGAGCACCUGCGGCUUACGUUGUGGGAUGAAGACUUCCUAGCCGAACUAGACCUCUCAAAUAACGUACGACUGGCGCACCUCGACAUUGGCUUACAGAACGCCCCGGGACGGCGUGAUGUCUGGUAUCCUUCCGUGCCCGGGUGCCUCUCGCGAAUCACGUCCCCCUUCCUGCGCGAGAUCAAGCUGCAAUUCAGCCUGUUCCGCGCCCCAGACUUUGACCUAAAUUUCAUCGACUGGGCACGUCUGGACGAGAUCCUCGCUGAACUCUGCAAAACACGCCCGCUUCUAUCCGUAACGUUUCACUUCCACUUCCAACUACAAUUGGACGGGCUCAUGCCUGCAACGCAUAAGUGCAUCGCCGAUCGUCUCAAGGAGGCCCUCGUCGCUGGUCUUCGCGCGCGGGUCGUCUGCAGCGGUGUUAUCAUCGGAAGCAGAAGCACACCAGUCCCGGACCAAGUGCAUAACGUCGCAUUACCUCAGACAACUUGGGCAUGA